AGUAGACGUCACCCAGUGCCAACUGCCAGCCAACGAGGCUCUGUGGUCGGGCUGCUCUUUCUAUGGGAGGAAAAGCACUUUUCUCCGUUCCCGCGGCCUCCAUACGUUUUUUUUCAUAGUGAGUACGUGAAACAUACGUCACCUACGAGUAACAAGCCUUCGGCUGUUACUUUUUAACGUAACGUGCGCGAUUCUCCAAAAGAUUGGCUAUCAAUCUCGCGUUUUCUCGUUGAUUUUGCGAGAGAGAGAGAGAGAGAGAGAGAGAGAGAGAGAGAGAGAAAAAGAAAAAGAAAGACAUCGAGGAACUAAUAAUCGUCUAUUGUCAAUAAACAAGAGAGUGAGAGAGAAAGAGAUAGACGGAGAUCUGAGUCAUUCGUUAGUUAACUCAUACACAGCACAGUCGACGUCACAUAAUCGCAGCUAUAAAUAUGUUUAUUUGGGAUUGGUUCGCUGGAGUGCUGAAUUAUCUCGGACUAUGGAAGAAGAGUGGCAAGCUUCUCUUCCUAGGUUUGGAUAACGCAGGUAAAACUACAUUGCUUCAUAUGCUCAAGGAUGAUCGUUUAGCUCAACAUGUACCUACAUUACAUCCAACAUCUGAAGAAUUGUCUAUCGGAAAUAUGAGAUUUACAACUUUUGAUCUUGGGGGUCAUACUCAAGCACGUCGCGUAUGGAAGGAUUAUUUCCCAGCUGUUGACGCGAUAGUGUUUCUCGUCGACGCAAGUGACAGAACAAGAUUACCAGAAUCAAAAGCCGAGUUAGAUGCAUUGUUAACUGACGAGCAACUUAGCGCAUGUCCGGUUCUCGUGCUAGGCAAUAAAAUUGACAAACCAUCCGCGGCUUCUGAAGAUGAACUCAGAAACUUCUUUAAUCUGUAUGGACAAACAACAGGAAAGGGUAAAAUUGCUCGCAGCGAAAUACCCGGCCGUCCGCUGGAACUAUUUAUGUGCUCAGUUCUGAAGCGGCAGGGAUAUGGGGAAGGCUUCCGUUGGCUUGCACAGUACAUCGAUUGAACGUACAUAUUAUUAUACACGUGACAGAUUCUCGACAGUCCUCAUCAUUUCCCUUUCCUAUGGUAUCGAUAUCGCUACCGAAAUCUUCAUAUGAAUUCAGCAGUAGGAGAGGAAACAUCGUUCAUCGAAAAAGAAAAAAAAGAACAAGCAGUAACCGAAAUUUAAGACAAUUUUCACAAAUAGAGACAUGAGACAAAUAUUCUCGAGAACUUACGUGCAAGGGAUAGGACAGAUUUCCUUUCUUUGACGUUGAUAUACAAUGAAAAGCUCAUAAACGUCAUUUUUUUUAAUACUUCGAAUCCUAGAUGGAUUCUAUGGAAGCCUAUCACUUUGCGAGUCACAUUAAGGGAAUGAUCAUAAUACGUGCUGAAGAAUGAAAUAAAAACAUUUUGAUAAAAUAAAACUAAUAAACUAUUUAAGAAUUCCAAA